CGCGCUUGCCGGCGGGUGGGAGCGGGCAUGGCCGCGGCGCCGGGUGUGACGGAGCGGUACUUCACGCGCUGGUACAAGCCAGAUGUUAAGGGUAAUCUAUGUGAGGACCACUGUAUAUUGCAGCAUUCUAAUAGAAUCUGUGUCAUCACGCUGGCAGAAGCUCAUCCUCUUCUUCAAAAUGGAAAAACAAUUAAGAGUAUUAAUUACCAAAUCAGUGCCAACUGUAGUAGACUUCAAAAUAAGGUCUCUGGAAAGUCAAAGCGGGGUGCUCAGUUUCUAACAGAACUUGCCCCUCUGUGCAGGAUAUCUUGUUCAGAUGGAGAAGAAUAUACUAUAUAUAGUUGUAUAAGAGGGCGGUUGAUGGAAGUUAAUGAAAACAUUCUGGAUAAUCCAACUAUUCUGCAAGAAAAGCCAUCUACUGAGGGAUACAUUGCAGUUGUACUACCCAAAUUUGAAGAAAGUAAGACCAUAACUCAAGGACUUCUGACACAGAAGGAAUAUGAAGAAGUUUUGUUGAAACGUUUUAAUUCAACUUCAUGAAGCUCUAUUUUUAACUGAAUACAUAAAUAUCUGAACCACACUGUGAAUAGCUUCAGAAUUAAGUAUUGCAUAGAUAACACUUGUAAUCAUCUACUUCCAGUAUAUCCCAUAGUGCAAGAGUUGUAACAUGAAAGAUUUUAAAAUUGUACACACUUAACAUAGGGGACUGGAAAUUAGUUCUUUAAUUUUUUAUGGGUUUGUUUAAUGUUUUUUAAAUGAGUGAACAGUAAACAGUCAUUUAAUUUCAGACAAAUAAACAGUUUAAACA